AUGGGCACAGAAAUACAGGCGUUUUUAAAAAACGUCGAUGUACGAAUUACAAUAGAUGAAAUUGAACAAGCACUGACGUCAGUCGGACUUCUAGUCGAAAAGGUUGAACGUCUAAAAAAUCACGCAAAACAGCAUGAUGGUACGACAGUUAAAGUAACAUUUGCCGACGUUUUUAAUCGUAAUAUGAUCGUCAGAACAGAGCUACAAACUGAUCAUAUGUUUAUCGCUGUCGAGGCUGCAAAAUUUACAACAAAACUGACUCAGUAUUUCAUCUGUUUAGGUGGACAUCAUCAUGCUACUGAUAGUAAAUGUCCGAAAUAUCAAGAACAGAUGAAAAAACUAAAGACAACCGUUGAUGACUAUUCAACAAGUACUUCAAACAAGCAGCGUUCGUCACCUAAUCUUACAGAUUUGCAUGCGUUUCCAUCAUUAGACGGUGGACGUCAACAAAACUCGUCGUCGUCGUCUUUAAACAAAGACAAUCUCGUCGAAGAAGUUUUUCGAAAAGUUAUGUCAGAAAUUGAGCCAGUUCUCAACGGAAUUUCAGACAGAUUAGAUUCAAAGUUACCCACUCUAUUUUCAUCACUAUCUAUUCCGUCCACCAAAGCACAAUAUAAUCAAAAUCCGCAUCAAUACCACGAUGUUGAUUUUGAAACAGAAGACGAAUAUAUUAAUCAAGAUGGUGAUGAAGAUGAAGGUUAUAAGAGUUUUGAGAUGAAGGAAAUUUUCACUUCUACUUCCGCAGGCAAGUAA